UAUUUCCAUUUAUCGAAUAAGACUGGCAACACUAAAAUUCAGUUUAGUCUCGUCGUACGCGUGAACAGGCGAGUCCUAUUGGAUUGAAAAUGUCUACACACAAGAAAAAGACCCGCAAGUUGAGAGGACACGUCAGCCACGGUCACGGAAGAAUCGGUAAACACCGCAAGCACCCCGGAGGUAGAGGUAACGCCGGAGGUCAGCAUCACCAUAGAAUUAACUUCGAUAAAUAUCAUCCGGGCUAUUUCGGAAAGGUGGGCAUGAGGAACUUUCACCUGAGGAAGAACCAUUAUUGGAAGCCGUGCAUCAACCUGGACAAAUUGUGGUCGUUGGUUACCGAACAGACCAGGAAGAAGUACGAGAAGGACCCGGAAGGAAAGGCGCCCGUGGUGGAUGUGGUCCGAGCGGGCUACUUCAAGGUGUUGGGCAAGGGUCGUCUGCCCAAGCAACCGGUCAUCGUCAAGGCCAAGUUCUUCAGCAAGAGAGCGGAGGAUAAGAUCAAGGCGGUGGGAGGCGCCUGUGUGUUGACGGCUUAAGAGUUAAUAAAUAGUGGAAAAUGA